AUGGCCUCGCCGCUGGCGGCAGGCCCUCAGAAGAUCCCACAGUCGGCACCGUUCGUCGCCGAUCUCCCGGAUGUGCUGCUCGAGGAAAUAUUCCUCCGCCUCCCCGCCGCCGCCGACCUCGCCCGCGCCUCCACCGCUUGCGCCUCCUUCUGCAGCGUCAUCACCGGCUACGCCUUCCUCCGGCGGUACUGCAUGGUCCACCCGCCACCUCUCGUCGGCAUGCCCCACGAUCCCUUCAUCUCAACGCAGCUGCCGCACCCCUCCGCCGUCCCAGCCCGCGCCUUCGCCGGCUUCAACUUCUCCUGCUCCUCCUUCCUCCCCUCCGCCGCCGGCCGUUCCUGGAGUGAAAUUGACAUCCUUGAUGGACAGGCCCUCCUUGCUGGUGCCCAGGACCUUGCCGUGUGCGACCCCGUGCACCGCCGCUACAUCUUGUUGCCUGCCGUCCCCGGCCACCUGAAAGUGCUGGUCCGAAGACCGGAACUCCUUGAUCUGGAUACUUUCCUUGCUCCCGGUGAGGAUAAGGAGAACCCUUUAUCAUUCAAAGUGGUGUGCUUGGCACAAUGCAGAAUAAAUCUAUUGAUGCUGGUCUUCUCCUGUUUGGAUGGACAAUGGCACAUUCUUACUUAUGAUCAAUGUAGUGCUCAAGCUGCUAUUGGCUCAUUUGAGAACUCUGAGCCUUGGUUGUCCUAUCGCCAGUAUGUCCACAGAUGCUUCUGUUGGCGUUUGCAUUUCAUGAACAAGUUGCUUCUCCUUGACACGCACACCAUGGAGUUCUCUAUUGUCAACCUCCCACCUGAACAACCACGGAACCGCAAUUAUGUCAUUGUCGAGGCAGCGGACGAAAUGCUCGCGAUGCUCACUAAACGCUAUGAUGAGUACAAAGAAGAUGAUCGAUGUUGGCUAACGUAUUCCAUUCUGAGAAAUAACCAAUGGUACUCGGAGAAGGUCAUCUCGUUGCCGGUAAAGCGUGCCACUCUGGUUGGUGUAGCUGGGGGAUACCUGCUCAUAGAAGCGUUGUACACCCCACCUACACAACACAUGUUUAAAUUUGGAUUCUUGUCCGUGGACGUCAAGACAAUGCAGGUUGAGUUGUUCACUGAGCUUAGCAAACCCAACAUGUAUGGUCAACUAUAUGCUGGUUUGCCGCCAUCCUUGCGUGCACCAACUAUUUGA